CCAUCCCAUAAUCUAUAAAUAAACACAUGGCCGGCUCCCCUCCUACUCAAAGUCUCAAAUCCCAGAGUCAUCUUCUGCUCUUCAACUCUCAUAAUCUUCUUCUUUUAGCUCAUUCAAGCUAUCAUAGUUCAGAUUUCUAACAGUACUUGGUAGAGAAAUUAAGAUGAGUGUGGAAGUAUUGGACGGUGCCACCAUCUUCAACUUCGUGGAGGACAAAGAAGCCUUCGAAGGCUCGGUUCAUGACCGCUUUGCUCGUCUCGACACGGAUCAUGACGGUGUAUUAUCAUAUGCCGAGAUGGUGAGGGAGCUCCAGAGUCUGAGGAUCUUCGAGACCCACUUCGGCGUUGACGUCAAGACAGAACCCCAUGAGAUAGCCAUUGUCUACCGUGCCCUGUUCGGCCGAUUUGACCGUGAUUCCAAUGGGGCGGUGGACUUGGAGGAAUUCAAGGCGGAGACCAAGCAGAUGAUGCUGGCCAUGGCGAAUGGGUUGGGAUUCUUGCCCAUUCAAAUGGUACUUGAGGAGGACAGUCUCCUAAAGAAAGCUGUGGAAUUGGAAUCCGCCAAAGUUGCAGGUGCAGCUGCUUAAAAGUAUUCUAUUUCUUCCUUUGUAGUCUUGCAAGCAUUUUACCUUUUUUAAAUUUUCAUUGUUGUAUAAGUAUUCUUUUUGGGCAUUAAAUCAAACAGUUAAUAUUCCUUUUGGCUGAGGAUGCCAGUAGUUUAACAAUCCAGAUUGGUGCUCAUCUCCGGUUCUGAUUCAAUAUAUCCCCUUGUUCAUUC